CACCCGCUUUGGAGCACAUGCCUGGGCCCAGCUGUGGUUUUUAUUGGCAGAGUCCCACCCCCGUGGGGGGGGACACAGCCCGCACUGGGACCCCCCCUUAGGUGGAGAAGAGGGUGAUGAAGACGAUGGUGAGGAUGAUGGUGAGGAAGAUGCCGAGGCCCAGAGCCACAUGAUUGAGGACCCAGGCCCGUGCCAAGCUGCGCUGCACCCUUUCUAUGUCGCCCGCCAGAGUGGGUGCGUGGCAGCCCUGGGACCCUGGAGAUCAUCCCGGCUGACGGCGCUGUGGAGCUUGGAAACGAGACCUUCUUCCUGUGCCAGGUGCGUGGCGGGGGCGAGGCGAGCCCGAUGUGGCUGGGCCCGGAUGAGGCCAUGGUGCCAGAGGGGGACCGCAGCGCCGAGGCGGGGCCGUUCCGGCAGCGGCGGGGUGACGGGCGCCGCGCCGAGCUGCAUGUGAUGCUGACGGUGCCGGGGCAGGGCGGGCGCUUCCGGUGCCAGGGCACCUUUGACUCCGGGGAUGACGUUGCUGCCAACAUCGACAUCCGCCCUGCUGAGGACCCCCAGAUCGUGGCCCUGACCCCAGCGCUGGAGGUGGCCGAAGGGGCCGCAGCCGAGGUCAAGUGCGAGGUCACGGGGACCCCAACCCCCACUGUGACCUGGGAGCGUGGAGGGCGUGACAUGGCCGCCUUGGGGGACCGCCGCCUGGUAGUGCAGGAGGGGACGCUGGUUGUGGUGGCGGCGCAGCCGGGCGACGCUGGUGUCUACACGUGUCGCGGGCGCCAGGCCCGGCGUGGGCGUGAGGUCAUGCGCACGGUCACGCUCAGCGUGCUCUUUUCCCCCAGGAUUGAGACCCCCCACAACAGCUCAGUCUGUGCCAGGCCGGGGACCCCUGUGACCGUGAACUUCACUGUCUGGGCCCACCCUGCCCCCACAGCCACUGUGGCCUGGCAGGGCAAGAACCUUGCCCUGCAGCCCCUGGGCCGGGAUGGCGCCCGGCACCACUAUGCCCUGCAGGUGACCCCCAAGACCCCGUGGGACUUCUCCUCGGAGCUGGUGCUGGAGGCCUCCAAUGCAGUUGGGGCCGUGCGCCAUGCCCUGCGCCUGGAGCAGGCAGAAGGCUGGAGGCUGCCCCCAGGGUCCGUGGCUGGGCUGGUGGCCUCAAUCUUCCUCCUUGUCCUGCUGGGCCUGGACCUCGGCUGCUGCUUGCGGAGGGGCCGCGGGGUCCUGGCUUGGACCCGAGACCGGCUGCGGCAGAGUGGCAAGGCCCCCGCGCAGUCGGUCGUGAAUGUGUCUAGCCUCGACGCCUGAGCCGGGAGGGAACCCAGGAGUCCGGGGACCUGCCCCCGGCCCCACGCCCGUCCCGGAGCUGCCGAGAACCCGGGCAUCUAGGCUGCUCUGGCUCUCAAUAAAGCCAUU